AUGAGCUCAAGAAACGGAUCCAAAGUCGACCCUACGAAAUCUUUCAUUGCUGGGGGUGUUGCCGGGGCCAUCGAAGGGGUUGUUACUUACCCAUUUGAAUUCACCAAGACCAGAUUACAACUUCUUGAUAAGCUGGCCCCUGGAUCACGUAAUCCUAUUGUGGUGAUUUAUCAAGUGAGCAAGCACCAAGGGGUAAGAUCGCUUUACGUCGGGUGUCCGGCGUUUGUGGUAGGAAACACCGUCAAGGCCUCAGUGCGAUUCUUUGGGUUUGAUUCGAUUAAGAAAUUACUCGUGGAUAAGGAUGGCAAACUUUCUGGACCUCGUGGGGUAGUAGCAGGUAUGGGGGCCGGGGUACUUGAGUCGCUUCUUGCAGUGACUCCUAGUGAGGCCAUUAAGACUGCGAUGAUCGAUGAUAAGAGAUCGCCUGCUCCAAAAUACACCCAGGCGUUCGGGAGUAUUAAAGUGAUCAAGGAAUUAGGGCUUCGGAAGAUUUACGCAGGGUUCUUGCCAGCGACGCUUCGUCAAGCAUCGAAUCAGGCGGUGAGAUUGGGGGCGUACAAUUCCAUCAAAGUACAGAUCCAAAAGUUUUAUGGCUUGAAGCCCAAUGAACCAUUGGAUAGCGGGAAAACUUUUAUGAUUGGGGCCCUUGCCGGGAUCAUCACCGUAUAUACCACCAUGCCUAUCGAUACCGUCAAGACAAGAAUGCAAGCCCUCAAUGCCAGUGACAAAUACUCUAGUACUGUCAAUUGUUUCAUGAAAGUUUAUAAAGAUGAAGGGUUGAAAACUUUUUGGAAAGGAAGUACUCCAAGAUUAGGUAGAUUGUUUUUCAGUGGGGGGAUUGUGUUUACCAUUUAUGAGAAAAUGUUGCAAGUCAUGGGUUAA